CCAUUGCAUUUGGUUUUCUGGUCUGGCGCACGACGAACGUUGUUUUGGGUCCCAACAUUUCAGCCCAACAACAACUCUAUACUUCAACCAUAUCUCUGGCCUAUCUGCACUUCACUUCCUUCGAUCCCCUGCACUUUGAAAAAACAAGACACCAUGUUUAAGUCCCUCUUCGAUGCCGCGCAGAACUCAACGUUCAAGUCGCCAUUCACCAGCGUCAACUGCCAGGCUGCCCCGCCUGCCUCCGCCCCCACAUCCUCCGCUGUGGUGACCCCCGCCCUCGCCCUCAAGGAUGUCGCUCCCCGCCAGCUGAGCCCCAACCACAACUUCGCCGCCGCUGCGGCUGCCGAGGGUGACUCCUGCGAAUUCGGCUCGAACCACUACUUCCUGCUGUGCGGCCUGGGCGGCAUCAUCUCGUGCGGCUCCACACACACCAUGGUGGUGCCGCUGGACUUGGUCAAGUGCCGCCUGCAGGUGGACCCGGCCAAGUACAAGAGUGUGUUCACCGGCUUCCGCAUCAGCUUGGCGGAGGAGGGCGUCCGCGGACUGGCCAAGGGCUGGGCCCCCACCUUCAUCGGCUACUCGAUGCAGGGUCUGUGCAAGUUCGGCCUGUACGAGGUGUUCAAGAAGAUCUACGGCGACGCUAUCGGCGAGGAGAACGCAUUCCUGUACAGAACCGGACUCUACCUGGCCGCCUCGGCAUCCGCCGAGUUCUUCGCCGACAUCGCCCUGGCGCCCAUGGAGGCGGCCAAGGUGAAGAUCCAGACCACGCCCGGAUUCGCCAAGACGCUGCGCGAGGCUCUGCCCAAGAUGACGGCCCAGGAGGGCGUGACCGCCUUCUACAAGGGCCUGGUGCCGCUGUGGAUGCGCCAGAUCCCCUACACCAUGAUGAAGUUCGCCUGCUUCGAGCGCACGCUGGAGCUGCUCUACAAGUAUGUGGUGCCCAAGCCCCGUGCCGAUUGCACAAAGGGUGAGCAGCUGGUGGUGACCUUCGCCGCCGGCUACAUUGCCGGCGUCUUCUGUGCCAUUGUCUCGCAUCCGGCGGACACAGUGGUCUCCAAGCUGAACCAGGCCAAGGGAGCCUCCGCCCUGGACGUGGCCAAGCAGCUGGGUUGGUCUGGACUCUGGGGAGGUCUGGUGCCCAGGAUCGUGAUGAUCGGCACCCUGACUGCCGCCCAGUGGUUCAUCUACGACGCCGUCAAGGUGUUCCUCCGCAUGCCACGCCCACCACCACCAGAAAUGCCCGAAUCGCUGAAGAAGAAGCUGGGCGUGACUGGCGAGCAGUAAUUCAAAUAUAUGAGCCAAGUGUUUUUUUAAUUUAGAGCGAGCAGAAUGUUAAACGAAUUAAACUGGAUUUGCAUAGAUAAACCACACAGUAAAUAAAAACUAUUCAAAAAUGGAA